UCAGGAUGACUGGGAGUGACGCAGGGCAGACGGAAAAAACUAGGGCUUGAGGUUAAGGACAGUAAAAGCGGCGGUGAUGCAGGGAGGAUUGUAGCUUUCAUUUCACAGGUUCAAGCCCCGAUGCACCGCCUGUCCGCCUGCACAGAGGACAUGCCAGUGACAUAUAUCUAGAAAGAUAUUAAUAAGUCAUCAUCACCUCAUCCUUGGGGCGGAUCACUUUGGAUACACUCCCAGGUAACAUCGAUCCCAGUGUCUGCACAUGGAAAAGUAGCCUAGUCAUUCCGUUUUCUUAUUGAAGUUGCAAGUCGCAUCCAGUUGGAGGAUAUUUGGACACUUCUUCCCCGUCAUUUUAGAAAGUCUCCAUCAUGAACUACCUGCGUCGACGACUCUCGGACAGCAAUUUCAUGUCCAACCUGCCCAAUGGCUACAUGACUGAUCUCCAACGCCCCGACCCGCCGCAGCAAAGCCCCGCAGUGUCGCCCGGGCCGACGGAGAGGCGCCAGUCCACCAGCCAGUUGCAGCAGCCGCAGCAGCAGCAGCAGCAGCAGCCCGGAGGUGGAGGCUCCAGCUUCUUCUCAUCCAUAUCAAAUGCUGUCAAACAGACCACAGCGGCUGCGGCUGCGACUCUAUCCGAGGCAGCCGACCGGGCAGGAGUCUCCAGCAGUGCCAAGAUCCUCCUGGUUAUCGAUGACCAGCAGAACGACUGGGUAAAGAUCUUCAGAGGAAGAAAGGUCCACGGUGAAUAUGACAUCAAGGUAGAACAGGCAGAAUUCUCCGAAAUUAGCCUGGUGGUCAAUUCAAUGGGCACCUACAAUGUGGAUAUUGAUGCAAUCAGGAAUGGACAUAAGGUUACUAAAUCCUUAAAGCCAGACUUUGUGCUGAUCAGACAGCAUGCCUUUAGCAUGGACAAGAAUGGAGACCACCGCAACAUUGUGAUUGGACUGCAGUAUGCUGGGCUGCCAAGUGUUAACUCUUUGCACUCUGUCUACAAUUUCUGUGACAAACCAUGGGUGUUUGCUCAGAUGUCUAGGCUGUUCAAGCAACUGGGCCCAGAGGAGUUCCCACUGAUAGAGCAGGUUUACUACCCAAACCAUAAGGAAAUGAUUACCUCCCCUCGCUUCCCUGUGGUGGUGAAGAUGGGGCAUGCUCACUCAGGCAUGGGAAAGGUGAAAGUGGACAAUCAAUAUGAUUUUCAAGAUAUUGCCAGUGUUGUGGCACUGACUAAGACUUAUGCCACAUCUGAGCCCUUCAUUGAUGCAAAGUAUGAUGUCCGCAUCCAGAAGAUUGGCAACAAUUACAAAGCUUACAUGAGGACAUCAAUUUCUGGCAACUGGAAAACCAACACUGGCUCCUCUAUGCUUGAGCAGGUGGCCAUGUCAGACAAGUACAGAAUGUGGGUGGAUUCUUGUGCUGACAUCUUUGGAGGGUUGGAUAUCUGUGCUGUGGAGGCUCUACAUGGUAAAGAUGGCAAGGACUACAUUAUAGAGGUUGAUGACUGUUCAAUGCCACUGAUCGGGGACCAGCAAGAUGAGGAUCGUGUUCAGAUUGCUGAGCUGGUGAUUUCUAAGAUGAACCAGGCUGUUCCACGCACUUCAAGCUCUACCACAGCAGGGCAGCCAGCACAGAAAGCAGUAUCUCCUCAGCCUGUCUCACAGCCCAAAGUACCACAGGCUCAACAGCGCCCCUCACCUCAGGGUGGUCCUCAGCAAAGUCCCCCAUCUCAGCGCCCACAGCCUCAAGGCCAACCUCCCUCACAGGCCCAGCAAUCUGCAGGUGAGCCCAGUGCCCAGGCUAAGGUGAGCCAAGGACCUGCAGCCCAGCAACGGCCACCAGGUCAAGGAACCACUCAAGGCCAGAGACCUCCUUCUGGUCAGGGCUCUCCUCAGCGAAGCCAGGGAGGUUCACCUCAAGCUCAGAGGCAACAGUCUGUCACCCAGCAGCAGAAAUCUGCAGGAGGCCCUGGCCAGAAACCUCCAGCAGGCCAACCUCAGCAGAGGCCGGCCCAGCCCCCUAGGCAGCAGUCACAGGGGGGAACACAGCAACAGAGAGGUCAGCAAGGUCGUCCUGGAGGACCCACCACCCAGCAGCCCCGACCUGCUGCGCAAGGUCAGGGGGGGCCAGGAGGAAGACCCCCGCUGCAGCAAAAGCCUCAGCCCCCACAGAAGCCCAGUCAGGACAACCCGGCUAUGGGCGGCUCUCCACAACUAAACAAGUCCCAGUCUCUUACCAAUACCUUCAACAUUCCAGAAACCCCAGCGCCACGAGCCAGCCUUAGCCAGGAUGAGGUGAAGGCUGAAACCAUACGCAAUCUACGCAAAUCUUUUGCCAGUCUCUUCUCAGACUGAGACGGCAUAAGCCCCCCCUCUUCUCCUCCUACUGACAGAAAGAUGGACAGGCAAACUGAAGGACAGAUUCUCCCAACGAACAAGGACCAAUGGGUUGCCGUCUCCAAUUCAUGUACAUUGACCCUGAUAUGAAAAUGUACACACUUGACACCCACUGCCUAAAUAGUUAACACCUUUUAAACGAACAAAAAGUAGAAUACACAGUAAAUUUAGGCACUGAUAUCUGAAACAUUCCUUGCCUCGCCUCAAGCUUAAAUAAGUCAUCGUGUCACACAGACGAAACACACACAAAAGCCUGUAUAUGCAUGAACACACACACACAAAAAUAAGAAACAAAACACUGCUCCCACUUGUUUGUUGGUGCCGUAAAGUCAUUGUGAUCUUUAUGUUCGAAUUUUGGUUGGUUUGCUGACCAACCAUAUGAAUCAAGGGACUGCACAAAAAUAAUUUGGGUGGAUCUAAUAUUUUAUUUUAUAAAAAGCAAGGCCCUCCCCAAUAUUUUUCAAGAUCUCAAAAUAAUAUAUUUAUGGAAAAUAUAACAAAAUAAACACAGCCACUCUCUAUUUUUUAAUUUAUAGAGCUUGCUAAAUAAAUUAUAUUAUAUAUUAUGAUAUUAUUAAUAUUAUAUUCUCUGCAUAUGAUACAAUGCACCAACAUGGCACACAAGAAAAUUCACAUUUAAUUUACGAUUAUCUAUUUUUAUAUAAUUCAUCUCAGAAAACAAAAUGUAACAUAAAAUAGAAAUAUGAGGUAAGAUAAAACAAUACACAAAUAAAAUAAUCUCCCUGCUUUCCCAGAAAUGUAUCCUUGCUUUAACAAAAAUAAAACUUACAUUACCCUCCUCCUUUUCUGACCCCCUCCGCCACUAAACAUUUUUGUUCAGUCCCUAACUCAGCACAGCUGCACACAUAAGAUGUCCAGUGUUAGCUAAUGCUAGAUCUGUUCGAGCUAUUGACCGCUCAUGGUGAUGUCUUAGCUGCAUGUCAACAGGAGGCAAUGGUUGCAUUUUCCAACCCCUGACAUUGGUGCUUGUAACUGUGUCGUCACAUGUAGUUGAAUAAGUUAGUAAAGUAACCUAGUAGCUGUUGUGAGUAUGUUGUUGCCGCCACUUUUCUUCCCGUUUAUUGUCGCACAAGAACAAACGCCCGAAAGCUCUCCACCUUGAAAGCAUGCCUUACACAGACAAGAACGUCAGAUCAAAUGGAGUUGUCUCAGGGAUGUCCAAUUGAUUGUGACACUUGUAUGUGGGUGAGGGUCUUCCAUUGCAGUUUUAUUGUGUUUGUUUACUAAUAAUGAAGGAAAAGCAUGCAUUUAAAUGAGGUAGAAUGUUUCUAUUAUUUACAAUGCAUUUGCACAAAGAGUAUACUGCAAAAUUAUACUUGAAUACAGUGACACUGACUGAUGUAUGAAGUCUAUAUUUUCAGGUUUAGUCAUCUGACACUUGAUAAAGCAACAAUCCAGUGUUUCCACCCUGGGGUGCUGCUGUGUCUGUGACAGGUGCGGCACGGUAAGAUACAGCAAAGGCAGGGUUUACAACUGUUCAGGUACAGUUAGUGAAAAAUUAGAUUAUUUACAGACCGUUUCAUUUCAUAUUCCCUUGAUUUCAAAGCAAUGUAAUGUCUGACUUUAAACCAGCUAUUAAUUAAGUGGAUGUACAGUAAGUUAGUGGAUUAUGCCAGGUUGAUUUUAGGGUUGCUAGCAGUUAGUCAAUGCACUGAGAUUUUGCACUUAACUCCAAACCUGAGUCUGCAUCAUACAGUGCAGAAGACUUUCUGCACUUUCAUGCCUCCAGGUUUUCAACAGGUUCUGUAAGAAAAGGCAAAACAAUAAAGAAAUAAUGCAAAGGUAUAGGAAUGUCAACUGUGGGAUGCACCCCUGCAGUAGAUGUAGUACUUCCUGCAACCCCUCCCUUGCACUGACAACCCUUUCUUUGAUCACUUCUGAAAAACAAUUCUGUUUCCAGGCACUAAAAAUGUCUUCCAGAAGGAGCGCUUUCCAUUCGAAUGUCAACGUAGUAUGGCAAUAUCAUGCUUUUUAGAGAAGACCCAAUAGCCACAAGUAUAGAGGAAUCCUGGUUCCCCUGCAGAUUCUUUACGCUGCCUGUGUUUUGUGUAGCCACAGUGACCCCUUGUGCUCAAUGGUGCAUAAAUGUGUGAAUGUCGUUCAGUAACUGGUCAAACCAAAUAGAUGUGUUGUACAGAGCUCUGAGUGAUGCAGAUUGUCACCUUUAUUCCCCUGCUGCUAUUUGUGCUUGUUGAUAUUAUGUGUGUCUAAAUUUUUUAUUUUUCAUUUUCUCAAAUUUGUGCAUUUUUUUCCAAUUAUUUUGUACAUGCUUCAUUUUUUCUAUGAGGCAGGACUGUGGGGCUUGUAAGAUUAUGCAUUAGUGAUUCAGGGCUUCAUUUUUAAAUUUUACACUGACUCAGUGUCAGUACAUGACUGUCAGAUUAGUCGUGGCACAGCCUAACGCCAAGUGAAUCAGCUUUGUGUAAUUGUUACACUGAGUGUGUAAUUUAUGAAAAUGAGCCAUCACGAUUAUAUGGAUGGUUAACUUUGAAAAAUGUCAUACUGUCGCUCAGAGGCUUGCUGGCCAUAUUAAGACAUACCAUUUGCUAUGGCGCCUCCUGAGAGCUGUGACAGCAAUGCAAAGAAGUAGUUUUAUGUAUUUAUGCUUUUGAUAUUCACAGAUUUCUUUUGAAAAGUUUACAUUAUUUAUGGUGGAUAUAUCUGACUGUGAAUGUACAUUUUUUUCUUUGUUACAGCUAGUUUUAUUGUUUUCUAAAUGCAUUGUAUAAUCAUUGUGAAAAGAUGAAAUCCUUAUAAAUUUGAGUGGAACUGAUUGUCAGUUGAUGCCUGCCAGAUUUAAUAAUGUACAUCAUAAAUGUAAGUGCAAGAAUCAAAAAGCUGAGGUUUUUGUUAUUCAAAAAAACAAGAUACUGCAUAAUGUAAAUCAUGGUGGAUUAUUGAAUUAAAUGUAAAAAAAAAAAAUAUUUGAUGUUAUAUGCAAUGUAGCUAUAUUAUGUGAAAAUGAGUAUGUUAUUAAACAUGCACAUGUCUAAUAAAGUCUAUGACCAACAAUAA